GCUCAGUCAGCUGUUCAAAUCUCCAAUCUGUCAUGUGAUUUUGGUUCUUCAAUAAACACUUCGAUAUCUUGAAAUUUCUCUUCGAACAAUUAUCUUGUAAAGAAAAAUGGCCCUACAUUCAGCUGUCAAAGGAAAACUAAUUUCCGUAAUUGGAGACGAAGACACAUGUGUUGGCUUCUUACUUGGUGGAGUUGGGGAGAUAAACAAAAAUCGCCACCCUAAUUUUCUGGUUGUCGACAAGGGUACAGCAGUCAGUGAAAUUGAGGAGUGUUUCAAGAGAUUCAUUAAAAGGGAUGAUAUUGAUAUCAUUCUCAUUUCCCAAAACAUUGCAGAAAUGAUCCGACAUGUUAUUGAUUCACAUAAUCAGCCCGUCCCUGCAGUUCUUGAAAUUCCUUCGAAAGAUCAUCCUUAUGAUGCUAGCAAAGAUUCUAUUUUAAGAAGGGCCAGAGGAAUGUUCAACCCUGAAGAUUUUUCUUAAAUUGUAUUUUAGAAGCAGGAAAAGUGUUUAUAUAUUACGUUGUAUAUAACAUUCCUCUAAUGUAUUCAUAUAAUAGUUAAAUUUUAUGUUGAAGAGUAUUAAAAUUUAUUUGAUGGA